CCAACUAAUCUGAUUUAUUUUAAUACCUUAGCAUGAUUGUGACGGUAUUUAGCUAACAUUUGCAUUGAUUUCUCGGUUUUAUUGUAUCAAAUUUAUACUUAUGCCCUAAUUCAUGCUUAAAACUUACAAAAUAGAAGAGCUUCAAAUGGAAUCUCUUUGGUUUCCAUCCUUUAACCUACUAGGUCUUUCAAACAUGCUACUAAAAUUCCUUCUAUCCUUGGUGGUGGUGCUGGUACUCCUGAUGCCAGGUAGCCGCGAUCCACAGCGCUUCAUAAAAGUAGCAACAAAUGAAACGUUUCACUCAAGGGAGGAUAUGCUAAGGUAUGUGGCAUAUGAACGUGAAGCAAAUCAACCUGCCCCGGCCCCUCGACCAAUACAGCCUUUAGUUUUCUGUAAUCGAUGCAGAAAUAUUGGACAUGAGGCACAUCAAUGUGGAUACUCAGAAGCAUAUGUUAUGGCAAUCAAUGCCCUGUAUCCACGACCUGCUCCUGCACCUGAACCUGAACGGCGUUGACCACCCCAUGGCAUUGCUCAAGCCUGGAUAGAGCCAAGUUUAAACAUGAGCUGGCUGAAAUAUGACUUAAAUAGAUAAUAGGAUUGGCUUGAGUUUGUGAAAUUGUAUUGAAGGAAAGCCCCAAGCUCAAGUUUGCCAUUUUUUGUUGUUCUUCUUAAGUAACUUUCCAUUGUUCUGCAAUUCCUCAUCUUUACCUUCAUUUGACUCAUCUAUUUCUCUAGGGAUCUAUCUACAGUCACCUUCUGCUGCUGCUGCUGCUGCUUUCACCCAUUCUUUAUUUGUGUUUGUUAUAAACUGUGAAGUUUGCGAAAGAUUUGGGUUAUGCACAGUAUUUAUGAGAUAACCAUCAGAAAGAUUUACUGUA